UAUAGACCCCACUUCUUUGCGCCAUCUCUCGAGCAGCAUCGAUCUGUGAGGGUCCCGAGGCUCAAAGCUGGGCGAAAACGACUGGCUCGGGGCUGGCCAAGGGUCGUGGUGCACAUCGCUCCCAGUUCCCAGGCCCCCGACGUCAUGAUUUUUCAUAACGUCGAUCCCCAGAGGUGUCGAUCCACUCCCUGGGACUAGUUUUUCAUUCCGAGUAUUCUUUUGAAUGUCCUGGGGCCUGGCAGGGGCCCCUGACCUGAACGGGUCUGGAUUGGCGCCCUCUUCAAGGCGCGCCAUCCGCGCCGCGGCCCUGCGCGGCGCGGGGCGCGUGCACGCCUGCGGCGGCGGCGGCGGCGGCGCGGGCUGGUCCUGCUGCCGGUCCUGCUGCGCGGCCUUCGCCGCGCGGCGCGGCGGGGGCACCUGUGGAGGUGCUGCGGCUGCAGCGCGGGCUGCGCGUGCGGCACCGCGGCGCGGGGGACCCUGCCGGGCUCUCGACGGGGCAGCAGAGGCUGCAGCCGCUGGAGGUCGAGGCCGUGGGCGUCGCGCUGCGCGACGCUCACCGCCAGGAGGUGGCGGCCGUCGCCACCAGGCUGUCCGGCGCGGUGUGGUGCCCAGCGCAGCGCUGCGCGCCGGAGGAGGCACCCGCCACGGAGGAGGGGCCGCCGAUGUGCUACAGCCUUGAGGCCGUGGACGUGACCCUGGAGGCCGACGUCGGCGGGCAGCCGUGGCACUGCUCCCUGCCGAGCGUCCGGCUCCGGAGCGUGUUCCAGGGGCUGGAGGACCUCUGGGGCCGCGCGCUCUGGGCCCACAGCGGGGCCUCGGUGACCCGCGGGGUCUCGGACCCGCUGGGCGCCCGGGGAGACUCGGAGCACUGCUGGUGGGACCACCCCCGGGCAGACUCGCCGCCCGCGCUCAGCGAGCCCAGCGAGUUCCGUCCAUCAGGGCACUCGGCCGGCGAGCUGAUCUCGGAGCUGGAGCGCCGCGCCGAGGGCGAGCGGCGCGCGGCCGAGGCGGAGCGUGGCCGCGCCGCGCGCCUUGAGGCGCGCCUGGGCGAGGUGCUGCGACUGGUCCGCGACUGGCCCGCGGGGCCGCUACCGCUGGCGCUGCAGCAGCUCGUCGCCGCCAGGGACGAGGGCGGCGGCUCAGACGGUGGCGCCGCGGCGGCCUCCUCCCCGCAGCGGCACGCCCUGGGCGGCUUGCCGCCGGCCAGCGGGUCGCCGUGCGCGGCGCCCGGCAUGGGCCCGAAGGAGUCCAUGGCGGUCUACGACCUCGACGUGGGGAAGGUCGUGAGCCACCGCAUCGACGGUCUGCGGCGCGGGCACAUGGUGCAGUGGUCAGUGGAGGAGCUGCAGGGGCUCACGGUGGACGUCACGGCGAUCGUGCGCUCUAGCUGCAAGCUGCACAGCGCACGGCGCCUGCGCGACACGGUCCUCGAAGAAGAACGAACGGCAUAAGCGUACACGUUUGGAGCUUCGAGAGCUUAUGUCCAUGUAGUUUGUGUUAUUCCUCUAGGUCCGCACGAUCUCCUGCAGGGACGUCUUUGUCGUCACCGAUGAUUUCGAAGACAGGCAUCUGCCGUUCGCGCUCGAGAUUCACAUCGACGGGGCAUGCGUCGUUCCGCCGUUGUCAGUUGUGAGUCGGCCGCAGCAUCGGGACAUGUUUUCGGAUGUGUUCAGCGGAAUGUGGGUGAGCUUGAGCUCUCCAGAAGGCCAGCACCGCCAUCGGGCCAUCGGGAGCCGUAUGGGUGGGCCUUGCGCACUCGAACGCACCAGGGUCUGGCGCGACAGAUCGGGGGUUCGGGAUCCAAGCAGACUUUUUGUUGACGAAGGCAGGAUGUCACCACUGCAGCAUUGAGACGGUUGAGGCACCGCAGUGACGAUCACACUGAGAAGUGACCAGGUCAGGGAUCGAUCAUGUGACCCCAGUGCGAGAGAAGACCCAGAGCGGACGAAAGGGGGCGUUGCGAAAUCUGCUGCACGCAGCCAGCUCCAUCUCCACCGCCAGACACCUUCCCCAUCGAUGCACGGCCGCACCCUGCGCCAGGAGGCACCGGAGAUAGCCAGCCGCAUGCAGCCGUCACGCCACUUGCAGCCGCAUGCAGCGGACUCGUCCGCGCCGGAGGGCGCCGGCGCCCGACGAGCGCGCUCGGCUGCUUGCCGGCCUGCGGGCGGCAGCCGCCGCGCACCGCCGAGGGCAGAUGCACCCUCGGCGGUGGCCACGGCGAGCAGCGCGUGCUCGAGCACCAGGGCGUGGCGCCGGGGGGGCCAGGUCAGCCACGCGCAGAGGGGGUAGGGGGAAUGAGGAAGGCUUCUUAGAAGUACCUUAGCUUCUUAGCAGCAGGUGAAUACGUUUGGGAUUGGAAGGGGAUGACAACAAUAAAU